AUGUUUGUGCUACCUCCCCCGCCACGAUAUCCCACCAUGGGGCCUUAUGGCGCCGGUGGUAUACACCCUGUUCCCAUGAUAGAGACAAACAAUACGUUAUCUAAUCCGACGGGUCCCGAAUGGCAAUUCCUGGUUGGAGAAGGCACGUAUACACUUAAAGAAGACUUACAUCUUGCGACACCUCCGCCCCAUCCUUCCGAAGCCACCGUCCCGAACCCGAACCCGCUAUCGACUCUUCCGCAGCCUGCCAGCGCCGGUACCUCAGUCUCUCUCAUCGCGCUUGAGAGUCGUCCGGCUCCAAACUUUCUGUAUAGAGGACUCUCUUCGACCACCCUCGCCCUGAGUGGCGCACCAUCUAGUAUUCAGGAGCAUCCCAACGAGGGCCGCUACUCCGCUGAAGGUGGCAAGACGAGUGAGGAGGGCCGUACCGGUUCGACGAGUGAUGCUCAGGCUACCUCCAUUACCAUUGGUUCUGCACCUGCCUUUGGCGAAGGCAAUGCUUUGCUUACCCAGGUGCCGACCAAGGAUGUGAACAAGAAGAGAAAGCCCAAGAACAACAUGACAAAGAGCAACUCGUCUUUCAUCUCUCGCGUUAUUGUUAACGAAAGCCUGUCUAAGAAACUUACGGAGCGAUCCAAUGAUGGCCUCUUUGCUUUUGCAAAUAUCAACCGCGCCUUUCAGUGGCUUGAUAUGUCGUCGUCGUCAAAGCAAGACUAUUUGACCAAGAUUCUUUUCACGAAAGCGCAUUGUCUAUGCCACGAUGUUAAUGUGCAUACCAAGAGUGUCUCGCAUCUGGAUGUUAUAAUGGGCUUCUCAACUGGAGAGGUUAUCUGGUGGGAGCCGAUCUCACAGCGAUACACACGACUGAACAAAAAUGGUGCAAUUAAUGGAACACCAGUUGCGGCAAUUCGAUGGAUUCCAGGAUCAGAAAACCUAUUUCUAGCUGCCCAUAUGGAUGGGUCGCUGGUCGUAUAUGACAAGGAAAAAGAGGAUGCUCAGUUCAACCCCGAAGAGGAAGCGAUUAAUGGAAACGUGAAUGGGACGAGUGGUGAGUCGUUAGAUGCCAGCAAUGGCGGAGCUCAUCACAAUUCUAUUCGAAUCAACAAGUCAGUGCACUCCAAAAAUCAAAAGGUCAAUCCAGUUGCCGCCUGGAAAUUAUCCAACCAUCGAAUCAACGCCUUCUCCUUCUCGCCUGAUAACCGACACUUGGCUGUCGUGUCAGAGGACGGCACGCUAAGAAUUAUUGACUAUUUGAAGGAAGAGCUACUCGAUGUGUUCUAUUCCUAUUAUGGAGGACUAACAUGCGUUUGUUGGUCCCCAGAUGGCCAAUACGUAUUGACUGGCGGACAAGACGACCUGAUAUCAAUAUGGUCACUGUCGGACUCGGCUCUGGUAGCUAGAUGCCAGGGACACCAGUCUUGGGUAUCAGCCGUUGCCUUUGACCCUUGGAGAUGCGAUGAGCGAAACUAUCGUUUCGGUAGCGUGGGAGAAGACGGGCGCCUUUGUCUGUGGGACUUCAGUGUCGGCAUGCUUCACCGACCCAAAGCGCAAUCUGUACGACACCGUGGAUCUGUCUCAUCGCGCUAUACGGCUUUGCAGCGGGCUGAGACAGCCACCACGUCCAACUCAAGGUUGCGAUCGAACUCGAACCUAGAUACCGAAGACGAGGAAAUGGCUAUCGCACACCCUGUGGAGCCGCGGGCCAGAAUUCCUAUGCUCCCUCCGGUACUUAACAAAUCAAUUGAUACCCACCCAGUGUGUUGGCUGGAUUUCACAGAGAACGCUAUCAUGACGAGCUGCAAGUCAGGACAUAUGAGAACAUGGCUGCGACCUGGAUCGGAGCUCACGGCACAGACCAAGGGAGCAGAAGCCCCGGCAGCAACAUCAUGA